AUGAGAGAAGAGUCAUUGGAAUCGAUUUGUUCGGCACUUUCAAUCAGCUUCGGUGAAGACCCGAUUCAUUUGGAAUCGAUUAUCGAUCGAUUUUCAGAAAAAUAUUUUCAGAUCUUUAAAAUCAGAGAUCAUCUCGGUCAGCUGCGAAAAAAGUGCGAAAAAUUUCAAACAUUCACUCUUGAAAUACGGCCGAUUGGAGGGAAUGGGACAUCAGCGACAUGCCCAGAAAAUGUUUUUGCUUAUACCAGAAGCUUGCAGACAACAAGAAUUGAAAACCACAGGGAUCACAAAGUUGUAAAAGUCACCCUCAAAUUUGGUGUUUUAAAUCCCAAAAAAGAUGGUACAUCGAAUAAAAAAGGCGCCUCAAGAUCAGCAUCUCUUCUCCGAAAAUUGACAUUUUCCGAGCGAAAAUCAACGGAUGAGCAAUUGAAAUUAUCGAUAUUUCCAUUGGAUAUUUCGGUUCGAAAAAAUAUAAAUUUGGGUUCGGGAAAAAGUGUUUUAUUGGAAAUGACACUGAAACGAAAUGAUCAUCGAAACCUAAUAAACCCCCUCGAUUUCGAUGAUUUUUUGGAGAUGACAAGAAGUUUUCAUGAAUGGCAAGCUGAGAAUUGUGAGUUAGAACAAUACGAUGGAAAUCUGGGCGACCCAACAUUUUCCAUGUUCUAUUCAAUCGCAUUUUUCUUUGAAAUUCCAUCUUUUGUGCUGAAAAUUACAGAAAUGACAUGCUUUCUGGUUUGGGAUGAUGAAAUGAAGAAACUAGACGAAAAGGCGUUAACAGACGUCACUCUGAAAAUGACUGCAUGUGAAUCGGAAGUGGAUUUACAGCAUCCAUUAUUGAACCCGUCUCUGAUCUACCUAAACGACUGUGCAUGUAAUACAAUUCGAUGCAUUCUUCAACCAUUUUCAAACGAACCAUUUUUCCCACCAGUUUCUUCAUCUCGCCUGAAAACUAUCAAUGCCUCGCUCAAACUUAUCACUGAUAUUUGCAUUUUGGACGUUUGGGACGAAUUUGAGAAUCUCGCGAAUCCAUCGAAUUUCCUAUCAUUGGAACUUAAGAAACUUCUGGAAAAAAGUGCUGAAAAAUACGGAGAGACGUUGAAAAAAAUGGAAUUUCAUGACUUAUGUAGACAAGUGCAGAGUUUGUGGUUAACGCUGAGCAAUGAGAGCCAUCCGUACUGUAUAUUUUUUCAUCAAUUUGAUAUUAAUUAUAUUGGAGCAGCAAUGCUCAAAUUGGAUUUGUCGCUCGCCAAAUCAAUCCGCCGUUCUCUAAUAAAUCAACUCGAAGAAAUCAAUCAUCGAAAUCCGACCGAAUUGGAAAAUUUCACAAAAACGACAAUGCGUCUUUUUGUGACUCUUCGAAAUCUUUUGAAUUUGAUUGGAACAUUUCAUCUACCAGAUUGUCGUUUAUUUCAUUUUGAGGAAUGGUUUAAAGAGAUUACUGUAUUUUGGACGUAUUCUUGGAGAGAAGUCACACAGAAAAUGGUCGAGAGAACGAUAACGCUGGAUGAGGAUGGAGAUUCUGUGAAAUAUGGAGCACGACGACCACUUCCAGCUGGAUUAUAUUCGUUUUUGUGUAUUCAGAAAGGAAUAUCCGACGAUAUGGCUCGACUGGAAUUCGCUCUCCCUCAUCAUUUGGUCAUUUGCUCUGCUUCCGUGAUCAAUAUAAUGUGUCAAAAUAUCAACACCUACGCCAAGAAACUAUUCAAUGAGGCAAUGAGAAAUCACGAGGAAAAAGCGUCGAGACUGGUUAGAGCCACAAAUGGGAUUGAGCAGGCCAUGUGUUUUGUGGAAGAGGGUUAUAGAAGAUUUGCACAGUUUCAGAGAGUUGAGGAGAUCGUCGACAAAGAUGAUCUCGCUGCAGUUCGAACGACGUCUCAACGUCUUCUGAAGUCGACUCGAGACACUUGUGAAACUCAAAUUUCGACACUUUUGUCACAUUUUGUGACUUUGAAAAAUGACAUAGUGAUGAGAAUUGCAAAGAAUUUGUGUGCAGAUGGAAAAGAGUCGAAUGGUGGAUUGAGAGUGCAACAGAAAAACGCGAUUUCCAAAAAUCGUAUAAGCGAGAAGUAUCGGCCACGGAACGAAUUGAAAGUAUUCUGGAGUGUUGUUAUGGAUUGGUUGAUGACGUCAGAUGUCUUCUUCUGCCCAAGUAAGGACAUUCGGACACACAGACAUACAUCUCAUUCUUUUUUCAGCUGCUUCAAACUGUCCACUCGGCAUUUCGCAACGUCUUUGGAGACGGAAAUUCGAAAGAACAUACGACAAAAGCAACCGGCAGAGUAUUACAGUAAUAUUUAUGUGAGCUUUUUCCUCAUUUUCAAAUUUCAAGGAUUUCCAGACAUUGCUCUAAAGUACAUCUACGAAUUUUUGGAAAUCGAUGAUCGAAAAGAUAUCAAUUUAUUAUCGGACCUCCAUUUGAACAGUUUCUCAACCAACGAUCUAAUCCUUUCCUAUUACGAUUCUCUUUGCGAAAAAAUCGAUCGAACUCGAUUCGGAAAUUCGCCACAUGUUGAUGUUCAUAUUUCCUACAUUAAGAUGGAUGACGAGAAUACGAUAUCCAUUCAAAUCAAGUUAGUAAAAAUGUCACCAAUCGAAUGGAUCGAUGUUCUCUCGGAUCGUGUCGACUAUUUUGUUCGUUUGGAAUUGUUCCCCAAAAUUCUGUUUCCAUCAAACAAAUUCGAUUCGCCAACGACCAAUCCGAUGCCACAAUCGACACGUCCUCAGUGGAAGGAGCUCUUUGAAAUACAAGUCCCUCUGGAAUGCUUCUUCCUUCGUGGCGCCUGUUUAGCUAUUUCAGUAUUUGACCAUGAGAGAUUCGUCGAUCGUCUGGUUGGUCGUGGCUUCAUUAGUCUUCACUCGGUACCCGAAGCGUCUGAAGAAAAACCAACGCAAAGACUACAAGUUCCAUUGCUGCCCAAUGACUUUUCGGAUCAGAAUAAUGUUUUUUAUCAGGUUAGGCUUAAACUUCUUAAAAGCCGUUCGUGUCGAGACGCAGUCGCCAAAGAGUUCAUCGAAACGCGAACACGACGUCAUCAAAGAAUUCGGGCCCUGCAGACGUAUAUAAAAAGGAAUCGACAUCGAGUGGGACAUAUGUUGCUGGGAUGA